CACUCUAGGGGAUCAUGAACAACAACUAGUAUAAAAAAGAGAGUGUAUUUGGGAACUGGAUGAUUUAAUAGCACGAGUUCUAAAUAAAGAAGAAAUAAACCAGAGGGACUACAUAUAUAUGGACAGAGAUUUAACUUAAUUUAUACCAUGCAUAGAGUAUACCCGAUUAUACAUACCUGUGGUUGAGGUUAGUUUUAAAAUACUAAAAAUUUAAAAAAACAAAUGUUUGAAGAUUGAGCUCCAUUAUUUAAAAAGAUUGAUUUUCUAAUUAAAUACUCGUAAAUUUACACAUUACUCGUAAUUUAUUCAUGCUCAUAGCUUUCUAAAAAAAAAAAGUAUUCAUGCUCAUAAUUUAUUAUCACCUACCAAACGGGUUAUUAAUUAACCGUAAGCUGCAAGAUUUAAAAGUCGUACCUAAAUAACGAAUAAAUAAGGCAAAGGCUACGGGGGAAACUAUAUAACUAAUCCAACUUAAUUUUCGCUCUCCUUCAAAAACUAGCCUGAAAUCCCUUCACUUGGUUUUUGCAGAAAAAUCCAAAUUUCACGUUUUUCUGAUGAAAUUCAAGUUUAAACCUUGGCUUCUAAUUCCUUCUCUUUCAUCUGAUUAUGACCUCAGAAAACAUGGGAUCGACUUCAAAUACAAGUAUUGCUUUUAUGAAAAAUGAUGUAAGAGAUAGGUUGAGUGAAUUGCCUGAUGAUAUACUGGUGCACAUUCUUUCAUUUCUGCCAAUUGUAGAUGCUGUUAGAACCGUCUCGAUUCGCAGAUUUGGUAAUCUUUGGACUUUGGUUUCCUCCCUUGAUUUUAAAGACACUGAUUUUUUUAGAGCAAAAAAUUGGCCUAAUGCAGAAAGAUGUUUUCGCUUUACCAAUUUUUUGUGCAAUGUGCUAAGGCUUCACAAAAAGAAUCCCAUUGAUAAAUUGCUGCUCCGUUUCUGUGAGACGAAUGUGUGUGAUAUUUAUGAUACAUUAUUAAUCACGGAUUUGAUUCAUUGGAUGAGAUUAACAAUGCAGAGACAAGUCAAGGAAUUAGAUGUUCGACUUGAAUAUGAUGUUUAUAAUGAAGUUAUACCUCACUGUGUCUUCAGAAAUCCUUUUCUUGUUAAGCUGAAACUUUAUCGCUGUCAAAUUCAAGGGCCAAGUAGAGUCCAAAUGGGAUGACUAAGAAAAUUAUCACUUAACUAUGUUAAGGUGAGUAAUGAGAUGUUCAAGCAAGUCGUAUUUGGAUGCCCUUCUUUACAAGAGUUGGUUCUGCAUUAUGCCUUUGACUUGGACGUGGUGCGAUUUACUGCUCCAAACAUUGAAAAUUUACAUGUUGAAUCCGAUCAUAUCAGUGUGCUUGAUUGCCCCAACCUGAAGAUUCUAAAUGUUCACCUUUGUUGUAGAACAAGGUCAAAUCUUCGAGUGGUUAAUAUUCCAUCUGUUCGUGAAGUUCAUAUCCGAUCUACUAACCAGUUUGAUAAAAUUGUGAACAAUAUUUGUAAAGCUGAGGUUGUCAAAUUUUCAGAGGAAGCUUUUCGGCAAUCAAAUUUGAAGGAGUUAGAUAUUCCACAAACUAGAUGGAAGCGUUUACAUAUUGAGUCACGACUUAAUGAAGAUCAGCUCAUAGGUAUAUUGAGAGUCUUGAGAAGUUCAACUCAGUUGGAAGAACUCAUAGUAUUCUCAACUUCACGGAGGAAUAUGCAACGAGUUUCAGGGAAAACACAUGACCAUCAUUUGUUCUUCGAAGAGCUCUCUUCUCUUCGUGUGAUUCCACAACUCAAAUCUGUCACCCUGCACGGCCACAAGGUACUUUCUCAGGGUCUGCAUCGACUAGCAGAAUUUUUGCUUAAGAGUUGUGUCAACUUGGAAAAGAUGGUAAUGGUAGGAGUUGAGGAGCAUAAGUUUGUGGAGCAAGUAUGUAGCUUUCCAAGGGCCUCCGCAAAUGCAAGGGUAAUCUGUGAGUAGGAAGUAUACAAGUAGCAGCUGCACCUUUGCACCUCAGUUUUUAUUUUGGCAUUCAUAUUAAAAAUGGCGGUUAUAUUAGUUGAAGGCAGAAGUUGCGGCCUUAAUAGCGCUGUUUGGUGUUGCUAGCAGUGAUUAUAAUGAUGGGUCACAUUAUCUUGUAGGACUUGUUGGUAUAGCUGGUGUACUCUUGCCUGAUUAGGAUUUCUUUGGUAGAGGGAUCUCUAAGUGGACUCAACCCUGAAACUUUGAUGAUUUUAUUGAUGUUUUAAGUUCUAGGUUCAAAGCUAUGUGUUGUUUAUUUUUCUUGCAUACUACAGUCUCACAAAAAAUAGGUUAUGUGCUUCAUGAAAAACAGGAGUGCCUUGAUUGAUUCAAUUGCAUGGUUAUGCAUUUAUUGAAUUCAAAUUAUUUUAUA